GAGCAUGGGCACAAUGGUAACCAAGUAUUAUUCGAUAAAAAGGUAGUUUCUUUCGGAUUAGAAGUCAAAUACUGAUUCAAUUGUGCGCGAGUGGAUGUGCAAGUUGUUGAAGUAUAAAAUCCACAAGGUUAUUUUUGCCAUGUUACUUUCCUAACCAUCUAUCACGAGAUAACAUAAUAUUAAAAACGACAAAUGAAUAUCCUUGUACUAGUAUUACUCGGAUCCUGCAUAGCCUGCAAAAUCAACUAUCAGCGGUACCGAGUCUAUCGAACCCACCCAGAAACGCAUAAGGACCUGCAGCUCCUGAAACAGUUCGUGGAAAGCGUACCGGCCAUGGACUUCUGGAACAGCCCCAAUGACUUUGAGACCGGUUUAGACAUCAUGGUUCCACCAGAACUCAAGAAAGAAUUCGAAAAUUUCCUGUGCACUAGAAAUAUCGACUCGAAGGUACUCAUUGAUGAUGUUCAAAAUCUCAUGGACAAGGAGGUGAGGGGUUGGACGCCCAGAUGUGCAUUCGGUUGGACGCAAUACCCUACACUAGCUCAGAUAGAAGCGUGGCUGUACAGUUUGCCAAGUUUAUACAAACGAGUAAAAGUAAUAACCGUUGGGAAUACAUUUGAAGGCAGAAACAUUCUAGGAGCUCACCUAUCCUAUUCCAGAAAAAACAAAAAUAGAGCUGUUUUCAUCGAAGCGAACAUGCACGGUCGAGAAUGGAUUACUUCAGCAGCUACAACUUUCAUUUUCAAUGAACUGUUGUCUAGUCAAGAUCCAGAAAUCCGAAGAAUAGCUGAGAGUUACGACUGGUACUUUGUUCCUGUUGCGAAUCCUGAUGGAUUCGUUUAUUCACAUGAGCAGGACAGAAAUUGGUACAGAACGAGACAGAAUCACGGUAUCUGCGUAGGAGCUGAUGCGGAAAGGAACUGGGACCACCAUUGGUCAGAGCAUGAAAGCAUUAUGUGGACUACAUGCACGAGCACCUACCCAGGACCAAGGCCAUUCUCAGAAACGUGCACUAAAACACUGUCCCAGUACAUAUCUACUAUUGGUGGUAAAUUAGUAGCUUACUUGAGUUUUCACUCUUAUGGUCAAGUCCUCGGGAUACCAUACGCGCACACACCUGAUCCACUUGAUAAUUAUGAUCUAACUUACAGUAUAGGACUUAAGGUUGUCAAAAGCAUAGCAGAGCGCUAUGGUACAGAGUAUAAGGUGGGAAAUAUCUAUAACCUUAAGGGUCCUGCAGGGGGAUUUAGCGUCGACUGGGUGAAGGCUACAUUCCAAACACCAUUAGUUUAUCAUUUCUAUUUAAGAGACAAUGGAACAAAGGGAUACCUUCUUCCUCCAGACCAAAUCGUUCCAACUGGUCUCGAAACGUUGGAUGGUAUUGUUACCAUGCUUAAUGCAUUCGAUACAGGAUCAAAAUGUUCACCAUUAGACUAUGAUUAGCCGCUCGCUUAAAUAUGAUUCAAUAAGGUGAAGAUAUAUUAUCUAUAAUAACGAAAUGUAACUUUUCUUAUUUUUUUAUUGUUAUUUUUUUGAUUGCUUUAUAAUGAUAAUAAAAAAACUUAAAAAACAUGGAUAAAUCAGGGGACCUGAAAGAUGUGAAAUAAAACAGA